AUGCACAUCACGUCACCAAGCGGAAGCAACGUCACGUUUUGGUGCCGCGUGGUUAGCGUUUCCAAACCACAGUUGGAGCUCACGGGACAUGUCGAAAUUAACAGAGAGUUUGGUACUUACAAGGUGACCUCUGGCCAAGCUACGUGGGUCGUGGACAGGUACGAUUACUGGGGAAAGGACCAUCCGCAAGCACCUUUGAUUAUCUUUGUUCCUGGUGGCAUGGCCAUCAGUGCUGUGGGAACGAUUCUGCUGUUCAUGGGCUAUUGUGCUGGAAGCCUCGACAAGAGAGUCGCCCCGUCGAGCGGAUUUGCUAAUGUGCAUGUAGGCUGA